AUUUAAACCUUAUAGUUAUUUCUCAUGUCUUGUCUUUCUACAAAAAGCAAAAAAUACCUUUCACAGAAUGUUGCGAAACUGAUCUUCUGGUGGUUCCGGCCAUUAAUGGAGAGGAAAAAGAAAAAGAUGGACCUGUAGAAGUUCUAUAUUAUUAGAAGACUGAAAGUAAAGAAAAAAAGGGUGGAAAAGCAAAGCAAAUCUAGCAAUGUACUUAGUGUGGCAAAAUCUAAGUGUUGAGCUAUCAAAUGCAGGAAAUGGAUCUUCAAGCAAUAAUAAUGAAAAGCUGUUGCUCAGGGAGCUUACUGGUUUUGCUGAACCUGGUCGUAUCAUGGCCGUCAUGGGUCCUUCUGGCUCUGGCAAAUCUACCCUUCUCGAUGCUUUAGCAGGAAGACUUGCUGAAAACGUUAAAAUGACAGGACAGGUUUUAAUCAAUGGAAGGAAGAGAGACAUAGGUUGCAGAGAUAUAUCAUAUGUUACUCAAGAAGAUCUUUUCUUAGGAACUCUCACAGUUAGAGAAACUAUAGCAUACUCAGCUCAUAUGAGGUUUCCUGGUACAAUGAGCAAAGAAGAGAUAGAUAAUGUUGUUGAAAACACAAUUCAAGAGAUGGGUCUUGAAGAAUGCGCCAAUACAAAAAUUGGAAACUGGCAUUUGAGGGGUAUAAGCAAUGGUGAAAAGAAGAGAUUAAGUAUUGCCAUUGAAAUUCUAACACAUCCACAUAUAUUAUUUCUUGAUGAACCCACUACUGGGCUAGAUAGUGCUUCUGCUUUCUUUGUUAUUCUAUCACUAAGAAACAUUGCCUGUGAUGGGAAGAUUGUACUCUGCUCAAUUCACCAGCCAAGCAGUGAUAUCUUUAAUAUGUUUGAUGAUCUACUUCUUCUCUCAAAUGGAGAAACUGUUUACUUUGGAGAAGCAAAAAUGGCAAUAAAGUUUUUUGCAGAAGCCGGAUUCCCUUGUCCGACAAGAAGAAAUCCUUCAGAUCACUUCCUUAGGUGUAUCAGUUUGGAUUUUGACAUCAUAAAUGAAGUUCUAUUGCGUUCUCAAAAUCUUUGUGGAAACUCAGAGUCAACUAGUUAUUCAUUGAAUAUGAGAGCAACAGAAAUCAGAGCAAUCCUUAUUGACAAGUACAAUUGCUCUGAACUUUCAAACUAUACAAGAAGAAGAAUUCAAGAAAUCGCGAUGAUGGGAGGAUCUGUUAUUGAAUCAAAGAAGGGAAGCAGUGCUAGCCAAUGGAAGCAGCUUUGGAGAUUAACUGAUCGGUCUUUUGUAAACAUGUAUAGGGACAUGGGUUACUAUUGGCUAAGGAUUGUUUUAUAUGUCUUGGUUGCAAUAUGUAUUGGCACCCUCUAUUUCGACAUGGGAAAAGAUGAUGGUGCAAUCCUGCCAAGAGUUAAACUGACAGGUUUCAUUUAUGGUUUCAUGAUCUGCUUGUCCAAUGGAGGCCUACCAUUUUUCAUUGAAGAAAUGAAGGUUUCUCGUAGAGAAAGGUCUAAUGGGCACUACGGAGAGGCUGUGUUUGUACUCUCCAACUUCAUCUCAUCAUUUCCUUACUUGAUCCUUAUAUCUAUCUUAUCCGGAACAGCAAUCUAUUUUAUGGUGAAAUUUCGUUCAGGAUUCUCUCAUUAUGCAUUUUUCUGUAUGAAUCUGUUCUGCUGUGUUUCUGUUAUAGAGAGUUGCAUGAUGGUUGUUGCCUCACUGGUGCCUAAUGUCUUGAUGGGUAUAGGAACUGGAACUGGUGCAAUUGUGUUCAUGAUGAUGGCAUCAGAGGUCUCUCGACCCUUGGAAGACCUCCCAAAAAUAUUCUGGCGCUAUCCAAUGUCCUAUAUCAGUUUUGUAACAUGGGCAGUCCAGGGUCAAUACAAGAAUGAUAUGGCCGGGCUGGAGUUUGAUUCUCUGAUUCCAGGGAAAUCAAAGAUGAAGGGAGAAAUAAUUUUGCAGACAUUGUUUGGAGUUCCUAUGGGUUACUCAAAGUGGUUGGACUUAACUGUACUUACGUUUAUAUUAUUUGCUCACAGAAUACUCUUUUACAUGAUACUCAAGUACAAGAGUAGAGUUAUGUCACUACUUCCAAGAGUCCAUACAAGAAGAACUCUUAAAUCCCUUGCCAAUAGAGUUUAUGGAGCAAGGCAUAAUGGACUUUCUUCCUCCAAGAGACACCACCAUUCUCUCCAUCCAUUAUCUUCUCAAGAGGGUUUGAGAUCUCCCAUUCCUUGAUGCUUAGUCUAUAGUAAGAAUUCAGACAAGAAAUUAUUAAUGUUGACAUGAAUGUUUUAUUGAUAAUUUUGAAUUCAAAACUAUCUAAAAUAAAAGCAAAUAAAAAAAAAUAUUAUUUUGAUG